GACGCCAUUUCAUGCAGAUGUGUUCAGAUCCUAUAGUUGGUCAGCCAAUGUCUGUGGCCGCAAGAAAUGGCUUAUAUUUCCCCCAGGGGAUGAACAGUAUCUAACAGACAAGUUCCGUCAAUUAGCGUAUGAUGUCUCUUCAAUAAAGCAAUUGGACAGUAAGAAGUAUCCAGAUCUGCAUAAGCUGAUUGGUCCUAUAGAAGUUAUACAGGAGGCAGGGGAGGUGAUAUUUGUGCCUAGUGGAUGGCAUCAUCAGGUACACAACAUGGAAGACACAAUAUCCAUCAAUCAUAAUUGGCUGAAUGGCUGUAAUAUUAUGUUGGGCUGGCGAUAUAUCAAGACUUGUCUGGUUGGUGUACAACGUGAGAUCAGCGAUUGUUGGGACAUGGAUGGAUGGAACAAACAUUGUCAGUUGAUACUGAAGGCGACAACUGGAAUUGACUUUAUUGAGUUUUAUAAAUUCAUCAAUAUUGUUGCCAACCGAAGGAUGACAUUCUUGAAUGAUAUGGAAAAUGGAGAAACAAAAUGCUUAUAUAGCCAACAAGAUAAACAAAGUGUUCCUUCUACCAAUCAUAAACAUAUGUGCAAUAAUUCUAAUGCCACAACCACUGGAACUUGUAAUACUGACUCUUAUGGUCCUGGGACAAUUACCACUGAGGAAAUACAAUCCACAAUGAAAAGUGAAAUGGAAAAACUUGAAAUAAAAGAGACAAAUAUUAAAUAUGAUGAAGCUAGUCAAAACAAGGAUAUUGAGAGACCCACCAUUGAGUUGUAUUUGAAUAAUAUACAUUGGACGCCAUGCAGUUAUUGUGGCAAAGACUUCAAUCCAGAAUCCCCAUGCCAUUUAAUCCAUGAUCUGCUUAAAGUAGAGGAAAUUUUAGCUGAUAUGAUAGAACAUGAAGAAUUCACUCAGUUAGAUCUUGAUGUACUAGACCCCCAUCCAAAUGAAUUCACAAAACAUCUACGAUUUUUCCUCAGUAGUAAAGUACAUGCAUGUGACACAUAAUCUAGAGUUUUAUUCUUUACAUUGAAAGUAUGUAUCAAGUAUGUGCUGUUGUCUGAAAUAAA